CCCUCUAAAUCUUAACAAAAUUUUGAAAUGUAGUUCGACCUUAGUUUAUUUAUAGUGUCUUCCUCUUAAGUAUUAUUUAUUUAGUCAAUUACUUGAUAGAAUGCCUACAGUUCCACCCCCUCCACCUUUGCCAUUGUCAUCAAUAAAUAUAAAUUCAAAGAAGAAUUCUAUUGAUCAAAAUAAUAACAAACUACAAUUUUCCGAAUGUCUGUGGGCAGUAGGUGAUCCUGAAGUUCAAAGAGCAUGCUUUUUUGCCAGAACCUGUCUCCAUACAUCACCAAAAGAAUGUACAUAUCUAAGAGUGGAACCGAUUUUGCAAACAGGUCCCACUUGUGGAUUAUGCGCUUUAUCAAUGGUUUAUUGUGGUACGCCGACAGCUGACGAUCUUCUUGAGACUGCAAUUAAAUGUAAAUAUACAAAUAAUGGUGAAAUGUUCAGUGCAAGUUGGUUACUGAGUUUGUUGAAGCAAAGUGUAAAUAAUUCAUCACUUAAUCCAGGAAAAGUGAAGUCUUACAUUUAUGACGGAGACCUUGAUUCCGAAUUUAUUAAAGAAAAGCUUAAGCAACAUUGUAUGUUACUUGUGCCAUAUGACGCCGAUAGGAAUCAUUCACCAUCAAAUCAAAACGGUCAUAAGGCGCAUUGGUGUCUCAUCUGUGGCUACUUAAUCGAGGACACUGACAACUUUCACGUUUUUGCGCGACACGGAAAGACAAAAAACCUGGGACUGUUUUCACUGAAACACUUGAGCGAAAGUAAUGGAAAUUUAAAAGAAUUUGCGCAGCCAUCGUGGCAUCCAAAUGAAACCUUUCUGCUUCCUGAUGGUGGGCUUGGUGGAAGCAUCGGACUAAGAAACAAAAGUAUUGUUGUUGAAGGAUUGACGAAUGAUGUUGUUAAAGUCGUUUAAAUGUUUAUUUAUAUUCGUUGUUCAUCAUAAUUGAAAAAGAAAACUUAUAAAUAGAAUUAUUGAAUGGAAUUAAAUGGAAAAAUUUCCAAUUUUAAAAAGUUUUUUUUUCUUUUGUUGAAAAAUAUUUGUUUGGAAUUUUCAGUGAAUUCUCUUCUAAGAAUCUGCGAAG